GAAAAAGCUCUUAACCUGCAGAAUCUAGAGUGAGUGAGAGAAGUAGUAGAGAUGUCUUUACCAGUAGUAGCAGCAGCUUUAAUGGUGGUUUUAGCAGCUGUGUUGAUAAGGGUUGUGAACUGGGUGUGGAUAACACCAAAGAAGCUGGAGAGGUACCUGAGAAGACAAGGUCUUCCCGGAACUCCUUACACGCCUCUCUUUGGAGAUAUCAAGAAGAAUAUUAACAUGUUGAUGGAGGCAAGAUCAAAACCCAUCUCUCUAACGGAUGAUGUCAUCCCAUAUCUCCUUCCUCUUGCCUUAAAAAUGUUCAACUCUCACGGAAGGACCUUCUUCAUGUGGACUGGACCAGUUCCAACGAUCAUGAUAACGAAUCCAGAGCAUAUCAAAGAAGUCUUCAGUAAAACUUACGACUUUGAAGCGACUGUUUCAUCACCUUUGGUCAAACUGUUAGUAGGCGGGCUCGCCAGCUACAAGGGAGAUAAGUGGGCGAGACACAGGAGGAUCAUCAACCCUGCUUUCAACCUCGAGAAGAUCAAGAACAUGGUCCCUGCGUUCUACCAUACUGCUCUCUCUCUACCUAUUUGCUUUUAUUUCAUAUGUGAUAGUAGAUCGUUCCUUCCACUUGUCUGUAUCCGUUUGAUAAGUUAA